AUGACCAGCGCCUUCAGCUCUCAGCCGAGGUCUCCGGAGGAGUUUAUGGAGAAGCUGCAUAAUUUAUACUUGGGGCUCAACGAAGUCAUGACAAAGGCACUGCCCAGAGGUGCUGCUGCUGAGGCUGCGCCAGCAAAUGCUGCAGUGAACGUACACCUGACGACGGCGUUCCCUGAUGCUGCUGCGGCUGCUGCUGCUGCUGCUGCUGCUGCUGCUGCUGCUGCUGCUGCUGCUGGGACGCCUGUGGGGAGCCCGAAGAUGGGGUCUUUGAAGAAGAAAAAAGGAAUUAAAGGAAAGAAAAAAAUAAAAACAAAAAAGGGAAAAAGAGAAACAGCAAAAAAAACGAAAACAAAAAAAAUUAAAAAGCAAACGAAACGUAAAGCAAAGCCAACACAGGUGAACAGAGUCAAAGGCAAAGCAGCAGCAGCAGCAGCAGCAGCAGAAGCAACAGAAGCAACAGACGCAGGAGCAGCAGCAGACGCAGCAGAAGCAGCAGAAGCAGCUGCAGCAACAGAGGCAGCAGCAGCAGAGCAGCGGGGCUGUAGUAGCCCUGCAGCAGCAGCUGCUGCUGCUGCUGCAACGCCAAGAGGAGGCGAACUAGAAACCCUAAACCCUAGACCCUUGCUUGUUGCUUAUUCGCUCAGCUUCGAAACCCUAAACCCUCGAGGGGAGCCAAACCCUCAGCAGCUGCAGCAGCAAGGACUCGAGCAGCAGCAGCAGCAAGAAAGCGAGCAGCAGCAGCUGCCCCAGCUGCCAAGAAGUAGCAGCAGCAGCAGCAACAGCAGUCCUCCAGCCAGCACGGCAAACAAUUUGGUGCGAAACCAGCAGCAGCAGCAGCAGCAGCAGCAGCCGCAGCAGCAGCAAGAGGAACAGGAGAAGCAGCAGCAAAAGGCGCAGCAGCAGCAGCAGCAGGAGGAUGAGAUUGGGCGAGCUGGAGGCGAAGGCGGGAGAGACGGAGAGCCAAGCAAACCAGCAGCGGCUGCUGCAGCAGCAGCAGCAGCUGCAGCAGCAGCAGCAGCGGAGCAGCGAGCCAAGGAGGCUAGUGCAGCAGCAAAGUACCGACAAGAGAAAAGUUUAGGAGAUGAAGCAGCAGCAAAUGAGCAAAUAAAGCAAGCAAAAUAUAUCAUCGAAAUUAGGCAGCAGGAGGAUAUUCCUGCAGCAGCAGCAGCAGCAGCAACGAACAGCAGCAGCAGCAACAGCAGCAGCAAAGUUGUACGCGCCUUCGCGCCCUCGCAAGCUCAGCGCGAACAGCAGCAGGAGCAGGAGCAGCAGCAGCAGCCGAAACUUGAGCAGCAGGAGGAGCAACAGCAGCAACUAGAGCUUGAAAAGCAGCAGCAGCAGCAGCAACAGCAGCAGCAGCAGCCUUUGCCGGAGCCGUUUGCUUCCCCCGCGGCCACUUCGAGCACCGACGAGGGCACCAACGGCAGCAGCAGCAGCAGCAGCAGCAGCAGCAGCAGCGCGGGGGUGUCUGCGGAGUUGGGUGUGCUGCGGGCUCUUUCUUUGGGCCGUCUUUGCUGGUUUUCGAAAAAGCCAAAAGUGGCAAUUGGAUUAAUUCAAAAACUAAAUCGAAAUAAAGAAAAUGAAGUGCAGCACGAAGUCCAGAGGGCCAAGACUGCCCCGCUGCUGCUCUAG